UUAAGUCCUAUAAAUACAGAAACAUACAUACAGGAAUUCACUCGAGUGAGUUUGUCCGUCACAGUCGCAUCCGAAGCGCUUCUACCGUCAUGGCAAAACCGCGAGUUUUCUUCGACAUCACUAUUGGCGGCACCGCCGCUGGCAGGAUCGUGAUGGAGCUUCGUUCUGAUGUGGUCCCGAAGACUUCCGAAAAUUUCCGCGCUUUGUGCACUGGAGAGAAAGGCUUUGGCUACAAGGGCUCCACGUUCCACAGAGUCAUCCCUGAAUUCAUGUGCCAGGGUGGAGACUUUACCAAACACAACGGGACAGGAGGCAAAUCCAUCUAUGGGGAGAAGUUUCCCGAUGAGAACUUCACGCUGAAGCACACUGGACCUGGUAUCCUGUCCAUGGCUAAUGCUGGGCCCCACACCAACGGCUCCCAGUUCUUCCUUUGCACAGUAAAAACCACCUGGCUGGACGGGAAGCACGUGGUGUUUGGCAGCGUUGUGGAGGGGAUGGAUGUCGUCAGGAAUAUAGAGAAGUAUGGCACAGGUGACGGCAAACCUAAAGCCAAGGUCGUCAUCGCCGACUGUGGUCAGCUAUAAUAGUGAGACAAAACUCCUUCGGUCCAGCCUGUCAGGCGUGUCCUUCAUUGUAUGCAUCCCAAUAGAAACAAAAAGAAAAAUCUGCUCAUGUGUUGAGGUUCAUUCUGUUAUAUUUUGUACUUUCAGGACCACAUUUGUUAACAAAAUUGGAAUAAAAUGAUGGUAACUGUGUAAAUAAAACGACUUGGAAGCUCA